CUCCAGUCUAAAAUCAUUCCCUUGUUAUCCCACUGCAUGCUUUCCUGACUUCUAGUCUACAAACCAGCAGCAGAAACACCAUGGCCUUCAGUGGAAAAUACGAAGUGGAAUCCCAGGAAAACUAUGACGCCUUCAUGAAGCUCAUUGGUGAGUAAUAUUACAUUUUAAUACAAUAUGAGACAAAAGACGAAGAGGCAAGUGAUAGGAUUACGCAGACAGAUACACACACAAACAUACAUAUACAUACGUUUAAUUGAUAUCUCAUAGAUAUAUCCCAGGACAUACUUGAAAACGAGAGAAAUCUCAAUGUAUCUUUCCUGGUAAAAUAUUUUAUAAAUUAAAUAAAUAUACUAUUACAAUGUGUAUACAACUAUUUUUAUAUUGUGUGUAUAUAAGUACUGCAACUUUCUGUCCCUCGUCUCUAAUGUAAUGCAUCCUGUCAAGUGAUAAGAAUAUCUGUUACCUUUAUGUGAAAUAUAUAUACUGUACAAUUACUGUUCUUCUACUCUACUGUAAUGUAACACAAAAAAUAUCAAAUGCAUCUGUUUUAUAGAAAUAAAAUAUACACUAUAUAACUAAUACACUUGACUAGCAAUUAUUGAUGUUACUGUAAAACAGCCUAAGCCUUGAAGUGUUAAGUAGUUACAUCACCUCUAUAUAAAUGAAACACAUGCACUGUUUAAUUACCGCAUUACCUGUACCUCCCCUGUACGUUAAUGGUUUACCUAUUAAGGAAAAACCCCAAUCGUUUAGUACUGAGUCAACAAGUUACCUAGGGUUCAUCGGGCAGAAAUUCCCUUCACUAAGCUAAGCCCAAUAGUGUAGGUGUGAGCUUAUUACCCAAAUAUGAUCAGCUGACUCUCAGACAAUGAGCUGGCUCUGCAUUGCAGAUCUUAGCUUCCGAUACCUAAAAGUAUUUUCUGGCCCUUACUUCCAGCUGGCAGAAGGCAGGAAGCAAAACCCAGCAGAGCCUAUGUUAGAAUUUAAACCAUUACUAAACAGUUUGUCUAGUUACAUGAUGGGAGCAGGCAUUCCUGGCGUCAUAACCACUACAGCGAUUUCUAGUGACUAUGUUGCUUGGAAUGUUCCUUUAAAGCUACCAUCAAUAAUAUAUACAUAUUUACAUUGCAUAAUAACAACUGCAUUUCUAGUAUCUCCUUUUUAUUAUAAAAGUAAAGUUAAAGUGUUUCAUUAUAACUGCUGUAUCUCUUCCUCCAUAUAUAUUUUCUUUCUUAAAUGUACUCUUUUAAUUUACUCAGGCAUUCCUGAUGAUAAAAUUGAGAAAGGGAGAGACUUUAAGUUCACCACUGAGGUUGUUCAGAAUGGCAAUGACUUUACUUGGUCACAGAUUUUCCCAGGAUACACUCUGACCAACAAGUUCACCGUAGGACAGGAGGCCGACAUGGAGACCAUGGGUGGCAAGAAGUUCAAGGUAAGGAGUUUUCUGUCUACUAGGUCUGCAUCAAUUGGUUGCAAUGCUUAAUCCUUGUUAGAGCACUGGAAACAAUUUGAGAGGGUUGGAAGAGAGAAGCAAUUUCAGUGGUUGCACGGUGCACCCAAGGGUGUCUUUUGUGAAGAUUCUCCAAUGACUCUGAAAAGCAGAAACCUGGAGGUCCUUAAUGACUAGUGAAACCCCAAAUGUUAAAAAACUAAAAUAAUAAUAAUAAUAAUAAUAAUAACAAAAGCAUUGUCCAAGAAGUAUAAAAUAUUACAUGUCCAGAUAUCCAAUAGCAGUACAAAGCACAAAAACAUACGUGUAUUCCAUUCAAAGGCACAUCAAUUUCAGAACUAGAUCACAGUCCUGAUUUGGGACUUACUUCCUUCAUUGGAGGGAAAGUGAUGUCCCCAAGGCCAGUCUAAGUGAGGACUUGGGUGGCACGAGUAGGUUGCAUUAGUUGUCUUUCACCAGCAUGCUAUUUGUGUUGAUGGUAGAUGACUUUAUGCACAGAAUUAACAUUAGCCAGUCUGGAAAUCUCACUCUGGGUUGGCUAAUGAUGAUGCUGGAGGCGGCGUUACACCACGCACAGCAAAGUGCAUUAUCUCUGUAUUUGCCGCAUUCCUUUGUGAAAUGCUCCACAUAUAGACCCCAAGCACGAGGACCACUUUAAAUUACCGACGUGGUCAUCAUGGUACUUAGCAUAACCUAAUAAAUUGUUUUAUCAUUUAUAAGGGAUAGCAAUAUUACUUCAUCUUCAAAGCUUGUGAUUAUGGGUAUAAAAUCCCUUUAAAAUUGUUGGAGAUGUCAUACUCUGUAGAUCUGUGGUAUGAACAUAGAUAUUUGGAAAAAAUACAUCAUACAUUACAGUAGCUAAAAAAAAAAAAAAUAAUCAUAUGUGAACUAUCUUUGGCUUUUAUCUACUAUAUGAAGAGGGAAAUGGAAUUUUUUUUACAAGUAGCAAAAUCAUGUUUGUUAAUGCAAUUUGUUUUAACUAAUUAGAUCUUAAAUGAUGCUAAUAAAUUGCAUUUCAUAUUUAUACAAGAUUACUCAUGUCAUUACAUGUGACUGAAGUAAUACAUGUCAUCAUCAAUUUUCAUAAUAUUGUAUUAUUCAUGAGACAUUUUAUUAAAUGUAACCUCUAAUUAAUUCAGCAGAAUCAUUAAAUGUUUCUACUAUGUUGCAAAUAUUGUAGUAUUGUUAUGAUGUACUAGAAUAAAACAAAAUAUAUUUUGCAUUCUAAUCCAGCGUAUUGCUACAGUAAAUCAUUGUAUGUAAACCACAAGAAUGCAUAUACUAUUUUUCUGUCUCUAACAUUAAUUAAUGCAUGACUGCUUAGCAGGCAACAUUUAAAUAGAUUUGAUAGAAUGCACCAUAAUAUAGUUUUAGAAUCAGUAAACUUUGGAUUUACUAAAUAAUCCAAUUUACAAUAUAAAUCUUAGUUUAAACCAUCUCUCAAUAUAAAUGUGUUACCUGAGCAUGAGUUUUAUACUGUUCCAAAAAUAACUAUUAUGGGAGACUGUUUGAACACUGACAAAUCAAUAGGAAAUCUACAAUGCCAGUGGUAGGGAUAGGUAAAGUCCUAAUUUGUACUGUGCGGAAACUCUGUACCAAUUUCACAUACAAUUACAGUGCAUGGAUUUAUUUUGCCUAGAAUAGAAAAGAUAUUUACUUGAAGCCAGAUACAAAGCAUUUAACCAGUUAUUAGCAACUUGGAGAAAGUAUUCACUCACUAGUGAUCUAGCAUGGGGUGUAGUCAUUCUUUGCCUUUGGUUCCAAACUCUAGCUAAUUACAGAGAGGAUGAUGUCAUAUUGCAGCUCCCUCGGUUGGUACUAGGACAGAAAAAGGAUCAGGAAAUGUAAAAAAAAGGAUCAGGAAAUGUUAAAGGACCACUAUAGUGCCAAGUAAACAAACUCAUUUUCCUGGCAGUAUAGUGUUACUAGGUCCCCCCACCCUCAUGGCCCCCUCCCGCCGGGCUCUAUGGGGAGGAAGGGGUUAAACGCUUACCUUUCUCCAGUUCUGGGCUCCCUCGGUGCUGGGUACUCUCCUCCCUCUUCCGCCGAAUGCGCAUGCACGGCAAGAGCCACACGCACAUUCAGUCAGUCCAUAGGAAAGCAUUCUCAAUGCUUUCCUAUGGACGCUGGCGUCUUUUCACUGUGAAACUGCUAUGUUUACGGCAGAAAGGGUUAAUCCUAGAUGGACCUGGCACCCAGACCACUUCAUUGAGCUGAAGUGGUCUGGGUGCCUAGAGUGGUCCUUUAAUUUGUGCCUCUUUGGGUAUUGAUGCUCUACCUAUAGGCGAUAUGGAACCUAGAUACAUCUUUAAAAAAACACCAGAGUGUUAGGAAUGUAAACAUGUAUCCCCAGUACUAUAGUGCUGAACUACCUAUAUAGGUUAAGGUCCCUGGCAAUAUGAAAUAAAAAAGUGAAUUUUACUUACAUUAACUCCCACGCUGUAUGGUCUUGCUGAGGUCAUCAUAGGAAAGCAGAAGGCUAGUGAACAUGCGCGGUAAAACUCUACACUGUGCCAAUCAAAUGCUUUCAAUGUGGGAAUUCUGAUCUAUUACUGAGUUUGAUUCAGUUACAUUAGCUGACGCACCUAUUGUGGCUGUCACUAGAACCAGGUAAACCCUGCAAUGGCAGCAUUCAUGUAAAACAGCAAUGUUUUCAAUUGCAGAGUUAAUAAAAAAGAAAGGGGCAAUGCACCCAGACCACUUCAUUAAAGUGAAGUAGUAAUGGUGCCUUUAGUAGUCCUUUUAAUAUGCCCCACUCCUCAAGGUAAGCAGUGGGGAGGAAAACGUUCUCCCCCCACUGCCUUGUUUUAAGAUUUCAUUCACAUAUUAUUAUUCUGUUAUUAUUUACAUAGCGCCUACAAAUUCCGCAGCGCUUUACAAUGGGUGGACGAACACACAUGUAGUUAUAACCAGACAAGUUGGACACACAGGAACAGAGAUUAACUAGUAAAUGGAGAUUAAAUGGAAUUCACAACCAGCAAAUCAGCUCUGGCUUUUCAAAACGUUUCCGGUUUGAAUUUUCAUUACUAAAUUCACAUUAAAUAAAUGAGUGAUUUAAUUAAUAAUUAUUUUGCUAAAUAGUAGUCAUGAUGAAUAGCUAAACUGAUUAAAAAAACACACUGUCUCACACUCAAAUUGUGGCUCCAUGCCAUUUUAUUGGCAUGGACUCAUGCAGGUUGGUUCAGGCAGGUAUUAUUAGUCCACCCUGGGGCAAUGGCCUACAAUAAAUUGUCUACUGUAGUCUCACUGCUUUCUAAGUGCACUGGAGAUCUCUCUGAUAGGGUUUCAUAUAACGUUUUUGUUAUAUAUUAUAUCACAAUUGCAGAAGGAGCACUGAGUUAAUUUUAUAGCUGAAGAAUGGGUUUAAGAGCUAAUGCCAUAAUAUAGCUCGGGUCUCUGAAAAUCACUGCUCUGCAGUGCAAUGGGAAAUUCUUUCACAUCUAGUUUAUUAUAAUCCUGUGUAAGUAGGAGCUUUAUGUGAUGACUAACACUAACAAUAAACUUUCAUUUGCAGACAACUGUUAAACUGGACGGUGGAAAACUUGUUGUUGAUUUCCCUAAAUACCAUCAAACCACAGAGAUUUCUGGUGGAAAGCUAGUGGAGGUGAGUUGUUAGUUUUACACACUUCCAUAUGAAUUAAACUGAAAAAAUAAAUAAAACCUAACAAACCCGCCACCUGAAAAGGUAGGCAAUGUUGAGAUAUUUAUAAAACUGUAUUUUUUUACGUUUAGAUUUUUGGUGUUUUAUUAAUAACACAUUUUCACUUACAUCUGUAAUUAGAACAUAAUAUGUCCCUGCAUGUGUCUGACCUUUUUUUCAUUUAAAUGAUGGCUCAAUCCAUGAAGGGAACAUUCCACAGUUAUUAGAAUACAAACAAAAUACUCAAGUGCACUAGAACAUAUACUCUAUACCAGUUAAUAAGGUAGCAGCCAAAGCAACACGAUCCCAACAACCCUGCACUCAAAUAAGAACAGAAAAAGGAAAGAUGUAAAACGACAUAUAAAAUCCACUAGAAGAGACCUUAAUGAACAAACAAGGUCCGUUCUAGUGGAUUUUUAGGAACAUCUUGUUUUUUUCAAUUCCACAUUUAUUCACUAAAGUUUACAUUUAAAGUGAACUCCAAAUGAUAACAGUGGCAUCCUCCAAAUCCUAGGAUAGAUAUUCAAUUCAUCUUGUGAGCUCUGAAGAUGCUGUGGGAUGUGUUUCCCUUUGCGCUCAGCCAGGUGCAGUUCAUGUCAUCUUGUCAUCUUGGCCUUAUCCCUAGAAGGUUCAAUAACUGCACAUUGUAGAUGGUGUCGACAGUAAAUCCACCUCUCUCAUCCAGGCUUUCCCAGACUGAGAGUCAUUGGAGUUGCAGUGAACAAAAUCUAAUGUGAAUUAUUUAUUUCACUAAGGGUUAUAUCGUGGGUUAAUAGCACUAUUCCAGAUUUAUUUUCUUCUUUUUUUUCUUUCACAACUCAAGCUUUGCGUUUACUAGACCUUAAAAUUGUCAGAGAGUAACUUAAAUUCUAAAAACAUUUUUAUUUAUUUACUUUUUUUUUUUUAGAUCUCUGAAGCCGGUGGCGUCACCUUUAAAAGAGUUAGCAAGAAGUUGUAAAAUGUGACCCCUGUAUCACAGACUGAUAUGCUUUAAUUUCAU